AUGCCUGCGUCUCGCCUCCCAUCUGUUGCCACUGUGUUCUUCAACUACUUCAUUAAAUUCGCUUUCCCUGAAGACCUCGCCGGAAAAGUAACGCUGAUCACCGGAGCUUCUUCUGGUAUUGGCGAGUAUGUGGCGUAUGAAUAUGCAAAAAGAGGAGCGCGUUUAGCAUUGGUUGCAAGACGAAAGGAACAACUGGAGGUGGUUGCGGAGAGGGCGAGGGAGUUGGGGUCGCCGGAAGUGAUCGUGAUUUUCGCCGACGUUUCGAAGGUCGAUGACUGUAAGCGGUUUGUUGACGAAACCAUCCACCAUUUUGGUACCUUGAAUCAUUUAGUGAACAAUGCCGGAGUGUGCUACGUUCAGGAUCAAAGAUGUUCUUCAGAUUAUGUUUCACUCAUGGACAUAAACUUUUGGGGUUCGGUGUAUACAACCCAAUUUGCACUUCCACAUUUACGUAACAACAAAGACAAAAUAGUCGUCAUUUCUUUUUGUGCCAGAUGGUUUGCCACGCCAAAAUUAGGGAUUUAUUGCGCAAGCAAAGCGGCACUAAUAAGAUAUUUCGAAACGUUACGUGUCGAGGUUGGUUCAGAUAUUAGGGUGACAAUUGUUACCCCAGGAGUUGUCAAAUCAGAAAUUACAAACGAAAAAUGGCUAUCUCAGACAAACCUAAAUUGGGCACCGAUAGUGUCAACACAAGAUUGUGCUAAGGUGAUUUUAGAUAGUAUAAGACGUGGAGAUGAGUAUUUAACGGAGCCAACAUGGAUGAAGAUUCUUUUUAUGUGGGAAACAAUUUGUCCUGAGAUACUAAAAUGGACUAUACGCUUUUUAUUCAUUACAUGCUCGAAAUAUUCUCAAGAAAACAAGAAACAUAGUUAA